AUGACUGAUGCCAAAGACGGAGUCUCACUGUUCGAUCACGCGUCUUGCACUUCCGUCGCUCUUGCUGACACUGCUGCCGCCCUUGACCGCUCACAAUGGCAGACUCGUGAUGCUGUUACGCGCCUCGCUAUUCGCAACCAUCUGCCGAUCACUGAGCGCGCGCAUUUUAGUCAGCACAAGACUGCUAAGGCACUGGACCACUUUCUCGCCGAAGACCAUACCACUCUUACUGUCGACGACUUCGAGCAGGAGCUCCUAGCAGCAGAUAAGAGCAUUCUCGUUGUAGGCACUGCUCGUGGCACUCCCCGCACUCCCCUCUUUGAGGGGUGCUCCCCCUCCCCUCUUGCCCCCUCCUACGCCUCUUCUGCUGCUGCCGUCGAUUUCCUUGGGGCAGCAAGGGAGGUAGGGGUGGUGGAGGUGGGGGUGCAGGAGGCGGUGGUGGGGGCGGCGGUGGAGGCGGAGGUGGCGGGGGUGGUCGUGGGGGUGGAGGUAGUGGGUGAGGUGGCGGUGGUACCGGGAGCGGUGGAGGUGGCAGCGGCGGUGGUAGGGGAGGCGGUGGUGAUGGAGGCGGUGGAGGGGGCUCCAGUGGUGGCCAUGGACAGCAGCAGCAGCAGCAGCCGCAGCAGCAGCAGCAGCAGCAGCAGUGUCAGCACCAGACCCCCACGGUGA